UGAUAUUUGUGACUGCUCACAAUCCAAAUCCUCAUUUUUGUGGGUUACACACAUGUGACCACUAGAAAUAUUGUCGUCCACAUGGAAUAUAAAAUAAUUUCUUAGCCUUUUCAAACACAUAACUUAUUUGGCCUUUUCUCUUCCCAUUAGUACUAUAUAGAUAAGUAGUAUAAUGUUGUUCUUGGUGUCUUAGCUAUCUAUUAACUCUUCAUUUUUACAAUGCCAAUAUCCAUAUUGAAGUUGAUGUUUCCUCUACUCUUCAUAGCUAUGAUUCUUCCAAAAUCUGCGAACGCCGAAUUCGAGCUAUGGUGUGUAGCAGAUGAGCAGACCACUGACUCUGAUUUGCAGGAUGCCUUGAAUUGGGCUUGUGGGAAAGGAGGUGCAGAUUGUAGCAAAAUUCAACAAGACCAACCUUGCUAUUUUCCAAACACAUUGAAAGACCAUGCUUCUUAUGCCUUUAACAGUUACUUUCAGAAAUUCAAGAACAAUGGUGGUUCUUGUUAUUUUAGAGGUGCUGCCAUGACAACAGAAGUGGAUCCUAGUCAUGAUUCUUGUCAUUAUGACUUCUUUCCCUGAUGGCAACUGAUAAUAAGACUCAAAGCUAGUACAUCAAAAAUUUGUGUUGGCCCUUUUUGUUGAAUACCAAUCAAGCAAUGUGUUCUACUACUUGAUUUUUGUUGAAACACAUGCUAAGAUUUUAAGAAUCAAUGAUAGAUUUUUUGUUCAGUGAAGAAUCACUUCAUUCUUAUGUUAAUUUUCUAAAUAUUAUUUCCAAUAUUAAUACCAUACUAUACCGUGUCAAAAAUUGAAUGUGUGUGACUUAGCUGCACAUGCUUAAUUUGCUGGAGGUUUACUCGUAUGA